AUGCCAGAAACAACGUUGUCACAACUAACGCUGGAAAAAAGUCCAGCGUACUUUAUCAAUAAGGGUGCUCCACAACGGGUUCUUCAAUUAGAUCCGGCAAUGAAACUGAUCAUUGUGGUACGUAAUCCAAUCACUAGAGCAAUCUCAGAUUAUACCCAAGCAAUAAGUAAACGAAAAAAACGCUCCAUACUUCCGCAGUUUGAAUCAAUUGCUGUAAAAAACUAUACGUCAGCACACAAAGGCAAUAAAACUGUUGUAAAUACAUCUUGGGGUGCGAUACGAAUCGGUGUUUAUCAUAAAUUUGUUAGCAAAUGGUUACAGUAUUUUCCGCUUAGUCAAAUGCACUUUGUGGACGGCGAACGACUGAUCAAAGAUCCGGCAGCUGAGGUUCGGGCCGCUGAACGAUUUUUGGGAUUUGAGCCAACUGUAAAUCGCAGCAAUUUUGCCAUUGAUCCAAUAAAGGGGUUUCCAUGUGUCUUAAGGCCUGACAACAGUUUACAUUGCUUGGGUAAAACUAAAGGUCGGAUACAUCCAACCGUUGAUCCGACAGUGAUACGAAUCUUACAGGACUAUUAUGCCAAUGAAAACGAGAAGCUAUUUCAGCUAAUUAACAGACGUUUUAAUUGGUAA